GGCCCGGGGCUGUCAUCCAGGGGGUGGCCCGUGGCGAGGGGGCGCGGGGCGCGGAGGCGCGGGCGCCCAGGAGCGCGCAUGUAGCAGGCGGGCGAGGCGGUUUAUGCAACCAGAUCCAGUGUCAGCACCGCCAGGGCUAUGCGAGACCGCGGUCAGGACAGCCUGGCCGGACUGGUGCUCUAUGUAGGACUCCUCUGGCAUCCCGGGAUGCUGCACAGAACCAAGUACAGUCGCUUUCGGAACGAGUCCAUCACGUCCCUGGAUGAAGGCAAUCCCGGAGGAGGUUCGGUGGGCAACAAGGGCGCCCCGCAGCCUCCCUAUCCCGCCCUGGCACCUCACCUGCCCCCCGAAGAUGCCACCUCGGCCACCCAGGAGAGCCCCACCCCGCUGUGCACCUUGAUCCCGCGCUUGGCCAGCGUGAAGCUGGCCAACCCGGCCACCUUGCUGAGUCUGAAAAACUUUUGCUUGGGUACCAAGGAGGUGCCCCGGCUGAAGCUCCAAGAAAGCCAGGACUCGGCUCCCAGCAGCCCGGCACCCGCCGAACCCAGUCCCAACCGAACCGGCGCUCUCAACAGAACCGCGCCUCUGCCGCAGCUGCCCGCGCAGGAGCUGGGGGGUGGCAGGGCCGCCUGUCUGACCCGGACCCCGGAUGCCUGUCCCUUCCCAGGCCCCGGGGAGCCCACCCCGGGGAGCAGGCCAGACAGGUUCUUUCUGCAGCACCUGUUGGGGAUGGGCAUGAACUUCUACGUGCGGUACAUGGGUUGUAUUGAAGUGCUGCAAUCAAUGAGGUCACUGGAUUUUGGGAUGAGAACACAAGUUACAAGGGAAGCAAUAAGCCGUCUGUGUGAGGCUGUUCCUGGGGCAUCCGGAGCGGUUAAAAAACGAAAGCCUCCAGUCAAGUUCCAAUCAACAGUUCUUGGCAAAAGUAAUCUUCAGUUUUCUGGAAUGAACAUAAAACUGACCGUUUCAACAUGCAGUCUCACACUGAUGAGUCUUGAGAACCAACAGAUCAUUGCAAAUCAUCAUAUGCAGUCUAUUUCAUUUGCCUCUGGAGGGGAUCCCGAUACCACAGACUAUGUUGCCUAUGUAGCUAAAGAUCCAGUUAAUCAACGAGCCUGCCACAUAUUGGAAUGCCGGAACGGAAUGGCCCAAGAUGUCAUCAGUACUAUUGGGCAAGCUUUUGAACUCCGGUUUAAACAGUAUUUGAAAAAUUCUUCUCUGAAUACCUCUUGUGAAAGUGAGGAAGUGCAUACUGAAGGCUCACAUGGUGAGGAGAGAGAAGAUCAUGAAUAUUACAAUGAAAUCCCAGGGAAACAGCCGCCCAUCGGUGGUGUUUCAGACAUGCGUAUUAAAGUUCAAGCCACAGAGCAAAUGGCUUACUGCCCCAUCCGGUGUGAGAAGUUGUGCUAUUUGCCUGGAAAUGCCAAGUGCAGCAGUGUAUAUGAGAACUGCCUAGAACAAAGCAGGGCGGUAGAGACACCAGAAACCGUUCAGCCGGGUGCCCAGGCUCAGCCUGCCAGCUCACAUCCUUCGCCACAUAUUCAGCAGCAGCUGCGGAGCGAAGAGUGUUACCACGGCAAGCUGAGCAGGAAGGCGGCAGAGAGCCUCUUGGUAAAGGAUGGAGACUUUCUGGUUCGAGAAAGUGCAACGUCCCCUGGCCAGUAUGUGCUGAGUGGGCUGCAGGGAGGCCAGGCCAAACAUCUUCUCCUGGUGGAUCCUGAAGGCAAGGUAAGGACCAAGGACCAUGUUUUUGAUAAUGUUGGCCAUCUUAUCCGCUAUCACAUGGAUAAUAGUCUGCCAAUCAUCUCUUCUGGAAGCGAAGUGAGUCUCAAGCAACCAGUAAGAAAAAGUAAUAAUCCAGGACUUAUGCAUUUGAGCAACUGACACCAUGGCUGUUCCAUCCUGCUGACAUUUCAAGAAAUGGCUUUUGUGGAAGGACACAAGGGGUAGUUCCAGUUUGGUUUCUAGAUAAGAUAGAUCUCAGGCUGUGAAGUGCAUCUUUCCAAGAUCCUCAUGAACUGGGUCUUUUAUAAAACAAAGAGCUAACAGAAAUUCAUUUUGAGAAAGUGCACAUCAGAUUAGGGGGACACGGAUUCAUCCAUGUGAAGAGAAGUUAAACAUGAGCACGGAUGUCACUUUUUUAAAGGGCCAUAUUGUGUUGAUAACAAGCUAAAAAGCACAAUUAAAAUUUCUCAUGCUAAAGACAACUUGAGCGAACUGCCGGGGCAGUGGUAUGUGCCUUUUAACCUUUGGGGACAUUUUCAUAUUGGGGAAGAUUAGUUCUAAGUGUCUUCAUGUUCUAUAACUACAGAACCAUUUGCCAAAAAGUCUUCUCUUGUUACAAAAAUAAGAAGCAAUUUGCUUGAUAGUUAUUGAUUUUAGUACAUUUUCUGUUUAGUAGCAUGUUCACUGCAAUGUUAAAAAUAAAGUUGACAUCAAAUUCGGACUAUGCCUGUGUCAGUGGGCUCAGAACCACUGAGAACAUUGGUCUGUUUCAUGGAUCUGUCCACUUGCUUGUUAAAGGAUUUAGGUACAAAUUCUUGACUUGGUGCUGCCCAGAGUUGGCUAUCUGGAUGUUCUGUAUGCAGCAUGUAACAUACUGAAAAAGCCAAAUGAAUCUGUCAUUUCUAAUUUAAUCUUAUUUUUCCCUCCUUCUCACCCUAUCACUC